UAUAAAUCGCAGCAGAGCGCAGGCAGCCAGGGGACGGCACCGGCUCCGACGACGACCAGGGCCCCUGCCGCCCGCCCCGGCCCCCGGCCCGGCCCCUGCCUGCCCUCGGCCAUGGCUCUCCCACCUCUCGCGUGGCUGCUCCGCGCGGCUGCCGUUUACCACCUCCUUCUGUUACUGGCCGCUGUCCAUCAGACUGGGAGACUUCCAAAGGCAGAGCUGGGCCUCGUUCAUCCCUCUGCUCCUCACAGGGCCCUGCAAGUGGCAGGACAGCAACAUGGUGUGAAGAAGUGUAACAUCACAUGCAGCAGAAUGACCACGAAGAUCCCCUUGCAUCUUCUAGUUCACUACCAACGAAAUCAAGAAUCAUGCAACAAGCAGGCCAUCAUCUUAAAGACCAAGAGGCAAAAAUUAUUCUGUGCUGACCCGCAGGAGCAGUGGGUCCAGGACGCCAUGAAUCACCUAGACAGCAAGGCUCGGAAUGGCGGCACAUUCCAGAAGCAGGUCGGCGGGGGUGCCCCUACGACCACCCCAGCCACCAGGGGGAUGGCCGGGUCUGCAGUCUCAGAGACCACAUUCCCAAGGGAAAACAGUAGCCAGGAGGCACAGGGGGCCUUCUGGACUUCCACAAAGCUGCCGCCAGAAGUGGCUGCUUCCAGGGGGACCAGGUCCCCCUGCACUUCAAAGGCUCCGGACGGAGGGCCCGAGAGAACUGAGCUUUUCGACACGGCUGCCGUCACCACCGCCACGUCUUGGCAGAGUUCUACUGCCUACCGACCUGGGGCAGGCCUCGGGUCUGAGGGGAAAGCCUCUGAGGCCCCCUCCACCCAGGCCCCCUCCACCCAGACCCCCUCCACCCAGACCCUCCCCACCCAGACCCCCUCCACCCAGACCCUCCCCACCCAGGCCCCCUCCACCCAGACCCUCCCCACCCAGGCCCCCUCCACCCAGGCCCCCUCCACCCAGGCCCCCACUAUUUCGUACGCAGUCUCAGAGGACAACGUUGGGCCUGAAGACCAACCUGUGUGGACCAAGGGACAGGACCCCACGGCAGAGAACUCUCUAGGGGCCAAAGAAACGAGUCCCACUGCAGCUCACACGGACGCUUUCAGGGGGCCCGGCAGCGUGUCUGAUGUCUCUGUGGUCCGCGUAUCCUCCGAAGAAGCCCCCAUCACGGAUGCACUGGCCUCGGGCAGCUGGUCCCCCAAGGCUGAGGAGUCCAUUCACGCCACUGUGGACCCCCAGAGGCUCGGUGUCCUCGUCACUCCCAUCCCCGACUCCCAGGCAGCCACCCGGAGGCAGGCGGUGGGGCUGUUGGCCUUCCUCGGUCUCCUCUUCUGCCUGGGGGUGGCCAUGUUCGCCUACCAGAGCCUUCAGGGCUGCUCGGGCAAGAUGGGGGAGGACAUGGUGGAAGGGCUUCGCUGUGUGCCCCGGAGCUGCAGCAGCAACUCGUACGUCCUGGUGCCAGUGUGAGCUGCCCACCUGCCUGCAUCCAGUUGUUCGCCUCCGCUGCCUGGGGCCCCCCAUCCUCACCCUCACCCUCACCCAAGGGCCUGGCCGAAGCUGGCAUGAUUGGAGAAAGGAGGCGGGAUCCUCCGGGUGGGGCUGUUCUCACUUCCUGGAGGCCACCCUUGACCAUGUGUGACCUAUGUGGACAGAGGGCGUGGCCUCCACAACUCACUCCCAUGUCCCCAGUCAGAAAACUCCCCUCUGCUAUUGGCUGGUUAGGGCAUCCCUUAGAUACCGUGCCAGGCCCAGUGAACAAUUAUUUACAGAACGCCCAGCCCCUCUGACCCAUAACCCCCUGCGGGUACCGCGGUCAUCCCAUCUCACAAACGAGCCUCUGGCCAGGCCCCUCCUGCCCACGCCCUCAGACCUCAUCGUGUCUCCUGGUCCCACUGCGGUUGCCAGUCACCCCCGCUGCCUGCGGUGCUAGUUCCCCUGCCCCCUGUACAGACCCCAUACCCCAGCCGGGGACCUGUCUUUUCUUGCAUGAGGCCAGUGUGGUGUUUCCUGGGACGGCUCCCAGUGAAGGAUCUGCCCUCGGUAGGCAUCAUGAGACUGGGACAUGAAGUUAUCCGGUGGCUUUGAUUCCUGCCCUCCACCCUUCCCCGUCUGUGCUGUGAAGGAACACCAACUAUGCGUGUGCAGGUUGGGGGUCUCGUCCCAGGCCCACCAGCAAUCCAUCAAGGCAUUCGUACCUCUGAUUUCCCAUCUGUGAAAGGGAGGAGGGAUGGCAGAUACGUGGCAAUAACCUGUACCCCUGGCAGGCAUCGCUAAUUGAUCCAGAGACCCCUUUCUGCAGACUGGGUGCAGCCUGUCAACCUUCACCAGCAGAGACGGUCUCUACCAAUCGAUGAGACAGGCAUGUCCGUGGACGCUGUGGUCUGGGGGUCCUGGCCUGCUGGAGAGAGUCAGCACUGUGGGCCCUCUGGGUGGGGUUAGGCUGGGGUAGUUGAGGGGCAGAGACCAACUUCGAAGCCCCCCACCCCCCGCCCCUGCCGGCCUUGAGACAGCCCACCAAGUGCCAAGUGACAGGCUGAAGGAGGAAGGGAGGCCUGCAGGCUCCGAGAGAUGAGCUGGGGAGCAGCUGCGGGCUGUAGCCACGCUCCUUUGCUCCUUCGUUAGGGACCCAGGUCCAGCACUUUCUCUUUCUUUCUUGCGGCCUGGGUUCCUCUCCCAGCUCUCACUCCCCAAAAGCACUGUUCUCUGUACUCUGAGAUCUUCUCGCCGCGCCUUCACCUCCACUGCAGGCAUGGCCAGGAAUUUCCAUGACGUUUUCUGUGAGAUCAGAAUCCACCAUGGAAACCUGAGGUUCCCGUGUUUAUUUCUGAAGGGGACUCUGUCCUGUGGGGAGGGACCGGCAGGGGAGGGGAAGCUGUGGGCAUGAAGUCAGAGGUUCUCUUUUCGGCACUGAAGACGGAGCAGGCCUGGAUGGAGCUGAAGGCUCAAUGGGCUGGCCAGCGCCCCAUGGUCAGAGCUGGACCUGCCAGUCUCACCCAUCAGGGUCCCUGGUGGCAGCUCCCACCUCCCUCUGAUUGUCUCUGAAGGUGUUCUCUGCCCCCCACCAGAGAGCCUCCCGUGGGCUGGGCUUCCCCCAGGUUCAGGUGACAUGCUCUUUUGUAGACUGAGAGGAAGCACACAGGGCUCCAGUCCACAGAGAGAAGGAAGCUGUGUUCCCCUGCCCGCCUGGCUCUCCUGCGCUCCCCGCAGGGCUUGGCACAGGAUGUUUGGGCCCAGCUCAGGUUGGGGGCACCUGACAGCUCAGAGAGGAGGACAGCAGGUCUGAAUGCACUUUUUUGGGCUCCUUUUGUCUGGGAGCCUUCAGGGGGUGGGGCACGCAAGAAGGGGCUCCCCUCUGUGAGAAAGCAGCUGAGGACAGUGGGUUCCCCCUUCCACGGACUUUGUGAACUCCCCCGAGCAGAACAGGGUCAAAGACAAUUUGGGAAGGACUCUGAAAGGAGUUGGUUGAUCCUUUUGCUUUUCCAACCCCAUCACCAAUGUCUGUGCCAUUUUGUAUUUUACUAAUAAAAUUGAAAAGUCUUGUGAGUCAAAUAAAGUUGCUUUUCCUAGGGUG